GCACUGUGCCAUCUCAGGACUUCCCUGGGUCGAUCCGGCUGUAAUCGAGUGUUUGCGUCUCUAAGAGACACUGCCAGUUGUGUGGAACCUCUGUGAGAUCGUACAUGACCGGUAAACGUCUAAUAGCAUUCAGACCGGUUUCAAUUUCAGUACAAAAACUUAACAUUUCACCACUCUGUCAAAGGGAGGAAAACUGAGCCAAGGAGAAUCACUCGCUGUGGGAGCUUCGGCAAUAGUCAUGCUAAUUAGGCUAUCAUUGGCAACCUGUACACUUUGUGUUGGAUCAUGUGAUACAAACUGGAAUUUGACACCUGGAGGGGUUCGACACAUCUGUAUAUGGCACUGUACUUGAUUUGACACAAAGGUGCAGGGAUUUGGUCGAGGAGGACAAGACUUUGGAACUGGAAGCUUCUUCAAGACGUUGGGCUACCUACCUGUUUCACUGUUCCAGUGUUUCCAGCCUCUGUUACAAAACGCAGCAGUCUCUCCGCGUCCACAACAUUGUACGGGGAGAAACGCAGGGAGACACAACCUGGGUCCAGACGACUCAAGACAACUCUCAAGUUUUCAAGACCAUGUGGCUGCUGUCUUCUGACUGAAACUCGGAUUCCGAAAAUUAUGCUACUGUAUUUUAGAGACAAAUCGAGGCAAAGUCUACAGUGGAAUAGCGUGCCGUCACCUUUGGAUUGUUUUCAUCUGUUAAGUGCUUCUUAACUCAUUUCGCACGCGCACGUCCAUGAUCGGAGAGGUUGUCCAAGUCAGAAAAGAUGGCAAAAGGUGGCGGAGGCAGGAGGUUCCUUCAAUGUCAUCUGUCCAGUGUCACCUGAGAACAUGGAGGGUGAUGCUAUGGGUGCUAGCCUCCCUGUUGGCCCUUGUUGAUGGAUCUGUCGCUGGGAGGGACAGAGAGGAGUCUUUGCCAGCGAUACUUAGAAGCUCAGAGAGGAUGGCAUGGUAUCCAACCAAUCACCCACAGGCACAGGAAGAGGAGGAGGAGACUGAUGACCCCACUUCCUGGGCUGGGCUAUUUGAAAGUCCUUCACUUCUGGAGGAGGCCGAAGAUCACCAAAGGCGAUGGCAGCGUUCCCCCUCCGACCCGGCAUCCCAGCGUUCACGGAAGAACCGCGAAAGGAAGGAAAAGAUCCGAAAAGGAAGAAAAAACAAAGACCGUCCAGACUGCCACAUGGAGAGGAAGGAGAUGCGCGUGCGUGACCUGGGCUUCGGCUUCGACUCGGACGAGAUAGUGGUCUUCAAGUACUGUGUGGGCACGUGCAUGAGCGCGCGCAAGAACUACGACCUGGCCCUGAGGCACCUGAUGGAGAACGGCAGCAUCCCAAGCCGAAAAGUGAGCUCCCAUCCCUGCUGCCGACCCACUCAUUAUGAGACGGUGUCCUUCAUGGACGCCCAGACCUCCUGGAAGACCAUCAAGCGCCUGUCCGCCGCCAACUGCAGUUGCGUGGGAUGAGAGACGCAGAGGCAGCCAGACAGCCGGCAAACCAAAAAACCCUGAAUCUAAAUCAGAAGCUCCAGGAACGAGAGGAAACUGGAGAAUGAGAGGCCUGAGGUGUGGCGAUGACGUGAACCACGGUGUGGAGGUGAGGGAAGUCUUCUGUCUCGGUGACGUGAAGUGACGUGAUGUGGUGUGACGCGAGAGGCCCUGCUUCUCCAAAAGUGAGAGCGUCGCACUGAAGUGGAGUGGAGAUGAAGCGUAAGGCGACGUGGACACAAAGGAAAACCAUGCUGCCAGCCAUAACGACAACCAAAGGCAUCUCUGUUCAACCACAGGCCCAGGUUUUCCUCAGUCAUAAGGUCUGAAAGGGGAGCAUGAAAGAGGUAGUGAGCACAGAGUAUCCGACUUUGUGGAUAAGGAGCUCUGGUAUAGGACAUCACUUUUUUUGUUUUUUGGUGGUCUUCAUGUGCCUUUAGCAUCAUGUGUAGCCACAGAAUGGUUCUCUAGUUCCUGACACAUCAGCUGCCAUGAAGUUAAACAAGGACAGGAGAACUGUGGGCAUUACAAUGAAUUUCGAAGACCAAAAACUUUUGAACAUUUGAAACAUUGAAAUGAAGCAAAGUUGGGGUAAUUGCAUUUAUCAGACCAAGAAUUUUUGGUGUGGUGCGUGUGUAUGAUUCCUUCAAUGGCAGCUCUGUCACUAAUAGGUCACGAGAGGCCGUCAUACAAAGAAGCCAAGAGUAAGUCUGCCUUUUCCUUUAGACGUUUCGGAGAUGACUUCUGAUCCCCCCCCCAUUGAAUAAGUGGUCUACUGAAUGACACACUCAGCCCCAGGAUCGUGGUCUAACCAAGCAAGGACUUUGAAGCAGACUUCCUGAAGUUUGAACUUUGACUGACCCAUGUCUCUUUUUGUUUGUAUCACGGUAUGGAUGCAUAUCGGUUUAUAUAGGGUUCUUCUUACUUACUUUUAUCAUAGCAUAUCAAUGAAAUGACCAGUCACUUUUGGCAUAAUCAGAAGAUUAGCCCUAUACAUAUGGUGACAGACAGAAACACUAAGUGGCACAGGUGUAUGGCCUAAGCUAACUGUCGCUAGUUAUCUUAAUCGGUCAAGGGGACUAUCAUUUUAGGCCACAUAAUGCCAAGCACACAGAGACUGCAAUUACUGUGAUUUUCUCCAUUCAAACUUCCAUGAAGACUUUAACCAUUUAGAGCAUUAGUCCCUUUGUGCUUUGAUCUGUUUCUUUUCUUGUGCAGCAGUCAGAGUUUGAGAGCAGUUUACAUCAAAAGGCUAGCUUUGUUUCAAGUCACCCCGGACGGGUUAUGCAGGGUUUAUUUGCUUUCAACUGAUGAAUUCUGCGAGACACUUCUUCAUUAUUUGACCUAACUAGUUUACAUGUCCGUAAACGAUCUUGUUGACAGCCUUUCAACACAUGAUUUAUUAGAGGUUCUCAGCGGGGAACAGUUUAUCAGUAAUGAUCUUGAAUCUCUUUUUGCUGAAGGUUUAUUUGAAGUGAGGCACAUGUGUGUAACAAAGGGGUUUUAAAGAGGCCACUGGACAUCUUGUAAACCUAAAGGAAAUGUAUUAGCUCUGGGGCUGUAUGUCUUUGCGGAGAUUAUAAUAUCUCUUCCAUGUUAAGGCCUCAUCUCUAUUUUAAGCUUGUACGUGCUUGAGGUAGUAUUCAAUUUAUGACAUGAAUGGCCCGUAAUAAUCCAAAAGCAUUAUCACUUGACUACAGUCAUGUUGCAUGAGAAUAAAGGGGACGAAAACAUGCAAGGAGAAAUUGUUACCUGUCUGGAAUUUCACUGGCUACCCAGUAACCUUUUGACCUUGACCACAUCUCUGAUCCCCCUGUUGCUGUUCAUCUUUUGAAAAUUAGCCAGGCAAAUCUAUGACUGUUGCUGUUUCCAUGAACUUUCACUUAAUAUUCACAAUGUCUUUUUAUCGGUUUUAUCUCGUGUAUGUUUGUCUGUAUAUAUUCAGUUUAUUUCUCAGGACGCUACUGUAACUCAAUGUCAUUGUUGACCAUAAUAUCACUUAGAUACAUAUUGACCUCAUAUUUUUUUUGUAUUAGGAGAUCAGGUGGAGAUUUCCCUUUCAUUGAAGAGUACAAAAAGACAAUCCAUUUCGUGAACGAUUUUUAUUGAAACACAUGUCUAUUCGUUUUUUUCCCCCCGGAGCUGUGCCUUACUCCGAGGCUUAGAGGCUAGGCUGUUUGUUCCGGUUGAGUGUAUACACUUGCUUACUGUGGAGCUCCUUCUAGUACACACAGGAGGUGGCUGGUGCAGGUCUGCUGCAGAAGGAGUAUUCAGUCUUCAGCCCUGAGGGAGGUUCAUGUUUGAUUUUUUUUCUCUCAUGUAAAUAAGUCUGUCAUUCUUAAUGAGAUAACUCCCCCAUUAGAUGCUAUGCAUCUCUUCGCCUUAUUAUGCUACUGGGGGAAGUAUUUAUUGCUGUUAAGUUAUUUAUUUAUUAUGGUUUUGUAUUGGACUUGUUCUUACAAACAUCAGAUGUCUAUUAUUUAUGAAGUGGCCAUGUAAGAUUUGUUAUUCUUUUUUAAAUUUUUUUCAAUGGGGCAAGAUCCUUAUAAAGCAACACUUCCGAAACA